GCAGAUGAUCGUAGUUUCCCCUCUAAAAGAAGUGGGCAAACCAGUCGAGAGUAGGAAACGAAGAGUUCAGCAAUAGAGAUGGAUGAACAAGCCCUUUUAGGGCUGAACCCAAAUGCUGAUGCGGACUUCAGACAAAGAGCACUAGCCUACUUUGAGCAGCUAAAGAUAUCUCAGGAUGCUUGGCAAGUCUGCGCAGAAGCAUUAGCUCAGAGUAUAUACAGUGAUGAUCACAUCAAGUUCUUUUGCUUUCAAGUUCUGGAACAUCAAAUUAAGUUCAAAUACUCUGAACUUACUGAAGUCCAGCAGCAGCUAAUUAGGGAAACACUCAUAACAUGGCUGCAAGCACAGAUGCUGAAUCCCCAGCCCGAGAAGACUUUUAUUCGCAACAAAGCAGCACAGGUCUUUGCACUGCUUUUUGUUACUGAAUAUCUCACAAAAUGGCCCAAGUUUUUUUUUGAUAUUCUAUCAGUAGUUGACCUUAAUCCACGAGGUGUGGAUAUGUACCUCAGAAUCCUGAUGGCUGUUGAUGCCGAGUUGGUAGACCGGGAUGUUGUUCAUACAUCAGAGGAGGCUCGUAGGAACACCUUAUUAAAAGAUACUAUGAGGGAACAGUGCAUUCCAAGUUUGGUGGAAUCGUGGUACCAAAUCUUACAAAACUAUCAAUAUAAUAACUCGGAGUUGACAUGCCAGUGCCUUGAAGUAGUUGGAGCUUAUGUAUCCUGGAUAGAUUUGAACCUGAUAGCCAAUGAAAGGUUUAUAAAUAUGCUGCUAGGUCACAUGUCUGUGGAAGUUCUCCGGGAAGAAGCCUGUGAUUGUUUGUUUGAAAUUGUAAAUAAGGGAAUGGACCCAAUUGAUAAAACAAAAUUGGUUGAAUCUUUAUGUCAAGUAUUGCAGUCUGCUGGCCUCUUCAGUAUUGAUCAGGAAGAUGAUGUGGAUUUUCUGGCCAGAUUCUCCAAGCUGGUCAAUGGGAUGGGGCAAGCAUUAAUAGCUAGUUGGACUAAACUGAUUAAAAAUGGUGAUAUGAAGAGUGCUCAAGACACUCUACAAGCUAUUGAAGCAAAAGUGGCCCUAAUGUUGCAGCUGCUAAUUCAUGAAGAUGACGACAUCUCAUCUAAUAUCAUUGGCUUUUGUUAUGACUACCUUCACAUCUUGAAACAACUUUCUGCGCUUUCAGAUCAACAAAAAGCUAAUGUGGAGGCAAUCAUGUUGGCUGUUAUGAAGAAGUUGACGUAUGAUGAAGAAUAUAAUUUUGAAAAUGAGGGUGAAGAUGAAGCAAUGUUUGUGGAGUACAGAAAGCAGUUGAAACUGUUGCUGGACAGACUUGCUCAGGUCUCACCAGAGUUACUGUUGGCAUCUGUCCGCAGAGUUUUCAACACUACACUUCAGUGA